AUAGGGUUUAACGAGCAGGCAGGUUUUGUCAGUUGAAGGGAGUUAACUUUCUACUGUACUUCAAGCUGUAAUGGAUACGUUUAAUGUUAGGUUGUUUCCCUUUGAUGCGUGCGCAUGCGUGGAGAGGGACAUGUGGAGGAAAAUAAAUGAGAUUGUGAACACAAUGCCGAGUUAUGAAUUAGACUUUAUUCCCCUAAGAAGUGCUGAUAAAACCAUAAAUACAACAUGGUCUAAAUUACAUCCCAUCUGAAACGCUAAGUACAUGUGCUUGACAUUCAAUGUAUUCGACGGAAAAGAAGAAUUUCUACCCCUACACGCGGUGCGGCACAGUGUUGAUAGUCGCCGCCAUAUUGGUUUUCUUUCAUGCCUUUGAGACAUUUCCGGCAAAUAUGAAUUCAUCUUUAAACCCAUUUUUGGCGGAUGGUCAACUCGACCAGGACAAUGAUAUGUUCAAUCAAUCCUUUAUGGCACCAGCGUCGUCUAGUACACCAUUUGCACCGAUUCGUCCUGUAACUUAUUCGCCUUUAACACCGAUGCCAAAUGUGUUGCCACAGCCGUCGCCAAAUGUGUUAUCGCAGCCGAUGCCAAAUGUGUUAUCCCAGCCAAGUCCGCAGCCAGGCCCGACAACUGUGUAUCUUCACACUCCGGCUGUUCAGCCUAUAUCAUUGUCGGACAGAAUAAUAAAAAAGUUUGCGGGCUAUAUGCAUGAAAAUGCAUCCAAGUUUCUCAGUGAAUUCGAAUCGUACCUCAUGCUGUCAGGCAUCGACCCAAGUAUAGAUAGUGCCCGAGCAAUCGCUGCUUUCCAUCUUCAUUUGCAGGGUCCAGCCCUGACAUGGUUCAAUGCACUACCAAUGAAAAUAACAUGGACAUCAGUAAAACAUGAUUUUAGUAAUGAGUACUGUGAUGUACUGAAUGAUCCACGACUAAUCUCUGAAACGGCCGCUUUUGAUAAUCUUAGAUUACAAUCUCACCAAGCAAUCGCGGAGUUCCAUUCCAUAGUGCUAGAGAAAGGGUCCCGUUUAGGCAAAACGGAAAGGGACAUGACGAACAAAAUUCUCAUGGGACAAAAUGCAAUUUGGGUGCAAGCAUCCAGUCUGGAGGGCAAAAUUCAGUCUAGAGUAGACAGAGCCCCUCCACCAUUGAUAUAGUAUUGCAACUUGGCAGUAGUCAGAAUUGAUAUACAAGAACAUGAAUGUGUAUUUUCUCACAGAGUUGAACAUCAUAUUUUCAACUCUUUUUCUGUGAAUUUUGAUUGAUUGAUAUCUGUAUAACAUUAAGCUAUUGUAAACUUAAAUAAGCCAUGUCUUGGUGUUUUUGUUUGUUUUGCUCGUAAAGUUAUGUAAAGUAUGCAGAUCCUGAGGAAAUGACACCUCCAGAUGCCGUCUUCUUCGGGUUUACAUUGUUUGCCUUUACUUUAUCUGAAAUUUACAAUUGUUUGCAGAGACAUGAUAAUUCUAUUAACCAUAGAAAUCUGUUUGUAAUUUGAAAGACAAUUUUCAUGCCAGAGACUUUGCAAUUAUUGUGCAGGUGAUUGCAUUUUAAAGAUUGCACUUAUAAUACUUUGAUCUGAUUUUUGCAUACAUGUUUUGAUCAGGGUCCAUACACAUUUCUACAGUGUAUCCUAUAUAAACGUGCAUUUUAUUUUUAAUAUUCAUGUAUUAUUUGCUCUCUGAUUAGAGUUGAUGUUUACACAUGUUGUAGAAGCCAUACAUGCUUUAAUAUGAGAAUCUUGCCAGGUUAUUCAUGCUUUAUAUAGAGAUAUUAUGUAUAAUAUAGAGUAUUUGUUCAUGUAUUGGGGAGCCAAUUGCUCUGGUGCAUUUCCUCAUCGUUUCCUUGUGCAGAAUACUAUUAAAGAUACAAUUUAACAAAGUGUUGACAUUUAACACUAUGUUUACAGACAUUUAACACUUUGUUUGCACAGGACAAUUUUGGUUGAAAUCACUUUUGGAUAUUAUCACAUAGACUUGUUGACAAAAUGCAGUUUUGUCAACAAGAUGAGUGUUUUAUUAAUUGGGGGUAUAUUUCAAAGGUUGGAUUGAAAUGAAAAGAUAUGUCUUCAUGAACACCGGAGGAAAUGACAUCGAUGGGCAGUGUCGACCCGAAGAGAUCGCUACCAAUAUAAUGAGGCUAGUGUCUGAAUUGAAGCAGCGUGGAACAGAGCGUGUGUGGGUGUCUGCCAUCGUCCAGAGAGGAAGAUUUCCGGCACAUACGAACAUGACACCAACAAAAAUCAGAAAAUCAGUAAAUGAAAGACUUAAAAAGGCUCUUGUGGAUGAUUAUGUCGACAUGGGGAAGCGUCUGACAUUCACCAGACAUUAUGAUAGAGACUUAAUUGGUUCACCCGGGCAAAAGGGAAGGUGGCAUGGACGUGUUUCUUGGAACAGUCCUAAGGUCAUUCGCAAAAACGCAAAGGGCAGACAAGCGAAACGUCCUCAUGAAUGAGGAUAAUAGACUUGUAGUGAGUUUAAACUGAUGUUAAGUUUUAUAUAAAUGUUUUUAUUUGUACUCCAUGAUAUGUUUCAUUGUGAUGUACGUGCUUUAAAUUGAAUGAAUAAAUAAUGA